CAACAACAGGCGACACUUCUUCCCUUUUUUACGGAUUUCUACUAUGCUUGCAGUCACUGGCGGGUUUUUGGAUCAGGUGGCAUGAUGCCAAGCAGCGAAGAGCGAUGGCGCAAUGGAACGACUGCAGCUCAGGGUGCCCUGGGUCACUUGCUGGAGCGUAUCAACAAUGACUUUACGCAACAGCAUGACUCCCAGCACUAUCAGCCAGGAUUUGUACCUUCUGCCUCCCCUCCCUGGACAACGGCUGGGCAGUCCCCCCUUACCAGCUUAGGCUCGCAGAUGUCCCCACUGCCACCCGCACAUGCCAACCUGGGCUCACAGGUCCCCCCUAUGCAAAUCCCUCACAGCAAUAUGGGGCCGCAGAUGCCCCCCCUGCAGCCACCAACCACUAGUACCCCAGGUGGUAUGCCCCUGGGCUCACAGCUCAGUGGUUCGGCCUCUAGGAGCUAUUCGGUCAGCCAGGACCUCUUCUCAGAGCUUGGUGGGGGGCGCAGCCCUCUCCUGAGGUCGUCCUCAGACCUUGGCCUCCGCGUGAAACACUACCAGGCUUCACAGGGUGUGCACUACAGUGAUGCCAGGAUGGAUGGUUUCAUGGACUCGAGUAUGGACUCCAUUGACAGUAUGCUAGUGGGUGGCCAUGAAUCGCCCUUCUUCCCUGAAGUGCAGAGGGGCCCCUCGUCAGGCACCUCAGGGACUCCUCCCCCCCCACCCCUUCAAGGUGACCCACAGAAUCUGCAGUCCUCCUACAGCCAGUCAGUCGGCUUCUAUCCCAGUGAACAUGACCGCAUGAUGGAUGAGGGCAGUGUCAACAACAUCACAGCAAAGCUCUCCAAUUUCACAGCCUCCCUGGGUAGCUGGUUUGGGCCUUUUGACCCCUUCCGCAGCAACUUGACAUCUGAUCAGACCAAAGGGCCUGUGGUGUCACAGGCUUCUCCUGUGGCUGUGAGCCGGACCCCGGUGCAGGUGACGAAUGAUGUUCCCACAGCUUCUCAGUGCAGCAACAGUAGCAGCAGUGGCAAGAGAAACUCCAAUGUAACAGCAUCUCAACCUGCACGAACCAACAAGCCAUCUUAUUCAGAUGUCCUGAGUAAGAACACGGUGCAGGAGGGAAAGCAGAGUGGCUCUGGGACAGGGGCAAGCAGUGGUAACAGUGGUGCAAACAGCAGCAGUGGAAGUGGUGGUGUCAGCAGUUACCCUCAGUCACCUUCCCCGAUCCCUGCCAAUCAGCCCCCUCAGUCCCCUUCACCUGGUCCAAUAACAACCCGUCCAGACCUACAGAAUCACAACCAGCAUGGCAGCAAUGUCAAGUCAAAGCAGAGGAACUCCAACAGUGGGAGCAGCAGUGGCAAUAAUGGUGGGAGUAGUGGCCACAGCAGCAGGUUCCUUAGCAAGGGUGACUCCCACAUUUCAUCCUCAAGAGUGGGACUAGAUGACUUUGACCUGAGUGACAUUGGACUAAGCAAUGGCCGCAUCAGUGCCUAUGAGCACUAUGAUUGGGGGGAGGGAAUGGACACGCUCAUAGGAAAUGGAUCCAUGUCAUACAGAUUGUCAGCAAGUAGUCCCACUCACCAAUCAAAAAAAUCAAGUUCUAAAGACACCAAGAAGAACACACCAGAGAAAACUAGUGGCAGCACACACCAUGAGGGCAACACGGCACGUGGGAAUGACCAGUUAAACAACAAGGUCAACUCCAAUCAGCAAAAGCAACCACCAAGACGAACGUCAUACAUCAAUAAUAACCUGAAUGCCAACACCUCAGCAACGGCCCCUCCUGCUUCGCCAAUCAACAGUAAUAGUCAUCAUGGUGACAGCAGUCCUGCAAGUAGCGUCAGUGCCUGUGAAAGUAGCACGGCCAACAACAACAAUAAUGACAUCACUCGCAGUGACAGCAAUAAGACCAAGAGUGCGCAGAUGAGCAAAGAAGAGAAAAAAUACGCCGAGCAGCAAGCAGAAAACAAGUGCCGAAUAAUCACGAGAGGUUUGAGAGAAAUCGGGAAAACCAGUCGAAAAGGGUAACCCAGAGGAGGCGAAAAGGAACAUCAUUUACACAUUCAGAACUGGUGGUGGCGAGCUGGGCUGUGGUGGUGCAGUGGGUGGGGCUGGCACUGCAGGCAGUCCUGUGGCUGGGCACCCUCUCUGCUGAUGUCAUGGUCAUGAGCUCCCGCCUCUCACUCCACCUCAUGACAGUGGUCUGGGCCAGGCUCAAGGAGACAUGGGCCUGGCUCAUGCUCAAUGGCCGAUACUACUGGACUAAGUGGAUCAAUUGCUUCUGGAACUCGGAUAAGGAACACAUAAGAAUGUCAGGAAAGGAAAACAAAGUCUCAAAUGGCCUAGAAUGCAACAUCUCAUUGCCAACAACUGGAGAGGAGGCCAUGAAGCGACUGCUGGCCUGCAAGGGGAAAGACCCAUACAACAUCCUUGGGGUGACACAAGACUGCACUGAUGAGGAUAUCAAGAAGUACUAUAAACGGCAAGCGUUUCUGGUGCACCCAGACAAGAACAAGCAACCAGGAGCAGAGGAAGCCUUCAAAAUUCUGGCACAUGCCUUCGAAAUUAUAGGAGAGCCGGAUCGCCGACGAGAAUAUAAUGCUAGUUUAGCAGAAGUUCAGUUAGAAGGCGCGUGGGGGGAGCUGGCAUCACUCUUAACGCGGCUCCAGGAGAAACUCGACGAAGCCGCGAACACCAUACGCUGUACCAACUGCAACAAGAGGCAUCGACGCACCAAGUUAACCAAGCCUAUUUAUGCGGCAAGACACUGUGCGGAAUGCCAGAUACACCAUGCUGCAAGGGAGGGUGACAUAUGGGCAGAAAGCACUAUGCUAGGCCUUCGAUGGAGGUACUUUGCGUGUAUGGAGGGAGCCGUGUAUGACAUAAGUGAAUGGGCGGCAUGUCAGAGUGAGAACCUGAAGCACCUCCAAGCAAACACCCACAGCGUCCAGUACCGCAUCGUAUCAGGGAAGAAAAAUCCCCCUUCGAAGAGGAACACCCCGGAGUUCCCUAGAACCUCUGUAAGGAGAAGUUUGGUAAGAACUACACCUCAAGCAGCAGCCAGUCUGGGGGCCAGCAAAUGCCUGAUAUGCGCAAGAGGAAGGGCAAGAAAAAGAAGUGAAAAUAGCUCGGCCAAAAAAACAACAACGGUGCUUUUCAUAAACAGCAGCAGCGGUGUGGGAACUCUUGAGGGUCGUGAUGCCAUGGCUGGAGAAUCUGAC